UAAUAUAUGUGAUACGUGGAAUUCUACUUUCGAUUUAACUUUUGUACAUGUAUGUACUGGGAAACCUAACCGUACACAUCGAUAUAAAACUCCUGGUACGUGACAAGUGAAAUUUAUUCUGCGUAGAAUGGCAACGGAAGAUUUUAGCAUUGAAAUAUUAGAGUACCGUAGUAUUGACUCCGAGACACAGGAAACAAGCGUGUCCCUAGCACAUUUAUCUACCAUACCCUAUCACACAGGUGGAACAACAGCUGCAGCUGAAACAACAACAACAACAUCGUCCGCACAGUCAGGAGUCAUAGCGGCCGUGUCUAAAGGAGCGUCCGCUCAACCGAUCCCAAAACCAAGAAAGAAAAAACCAGAACUCGUUUACUCACAGGCUUACAUCUCAAGAGAAGGCAGAAUGAGUCAAAUAGAUGUAGAUGGAUUGAGAGAGACCCCAUGGAGGAAGACUGUAAACUGGAACAACUCUUUUGAGACUUUAGCGGAACUUAAAGAUGACUGUGAGAAUUACGAACCGUUGGGUGAACUUUUGACAGGCGAGGUCCAUUUCCCCCAGGUCAAUAUUCUUCUGUUUGGUGGGGUUGGAGCCGGGAAAUCCAGCGUUUUCAACACGAUAAACUCAUGUUUUCGUGGGAAAAUCUUUAAUGUGGCGAGAAGUGGUUGCGCUGAGCACAGUCUAACAUCAAAGUUCACCAAGUACCCAAUAAUGUCCGGAAGUAGUACAUUGCCAUUGCCAUUGAAGUUUCGAAUCUGUGACAUCCGAGGUCUUGAAGUCGAUCAUCUGAUGAACAAGGAAAAUAUGCGCUAUAUACUAGAGGGGAAUAUUGCUGACCGAUAUCCGCUCGAUCCUUGCGGAAACAUCUCGUCUGAUAUGCCAGGAUUCAAGAAAAAUCCCGGUCUUGACGAUAAGAUCCACUGUGUUGCUAUAGUCCAAGAUGCUACCAUUGUUGAUGCCAUGCAAGAUUUGAGCCCAGAAGUCACCAAAAAUAUAAAGGACAUGCAAACCGUAAUGAAUAGUUUAGAUAUUCCUCAAGUUGUUAUUUUAAGUAAGGUUGACAGUAUUUGUGAAGCGACUAAAGACGACCCAGCUAAUGCCUUCAGAAGUCAGAAAGUGGAAAAAUGUGUAGCCAAGGUAUCAGAGGUACUUGGGCUACCUAGAAAUAUGGUCUUCCCGAUGAAAAACUACGAGGCUGAGUACCAACUGGAUCCUAGCAUUGACAUCAUGUCCCUUCUAACCCUCAAGGGCAUCUUGAACAACUGUGACGCCCAUCUGUUUUACCACUAUGACGAGAUUGUUGAGAGAUAUGCAGUUACACAGAGAUAAAGUUAGUGACUGACCAGUCAUUUGAUGUGAAUUACGUCAUAGUUACAUUACCAUAUAUAACGCCAUCAAGUGCAAAAACACUUGCAGAUCACAUUUUUUUUACCAAAAUUAAUGUGGUGAUGAGAUAACUCAUACUUUUUUGUAUAAGGUGGAAUAUAUUUUGCACGAACUACUUUUUUGACAUGUUUAAUCAUGUAUUUUAAUAACAGUUACAGAGAUUAGAAAAAAUAAUUUUACGUUUACAUGAGCAGCUUCAUGCACCCAGUUUAAAAUUCGGGCAUGUAGAUCUAUAUUCAUCGUAAGUUUACAAACUGACUUCUAUGAAGUUUGAUUUCCUUCGCCAUCUAUGAAAUUCCAAAAUAACUUAAAUCUAAUUAGAGAAAAAAGUUUAAACUUUCUACCUUUUUCAUUUUUUUAAAUUUAGUUAAGAUUAAUGUAUUUAGACAAUUUAAUUCAUUCCAACUGAAGUUUGUUUAAACGGUUGUACUUAUUCAGUUAUUUUUGUUCCAAGUGUUAGAUCUACGUCAUUGAAUGCUGAUGUACAUGGUUGUUAUCAAAACUUAAUUAUCAUAUCGUGUUUUGUCAACUUGUUAAAACAAGCAUUGAAUUUGUAAAAAAUGCACCAAAUCAUGAGGCAGGCCCCUCUCCUACACAUCAAAUAGCAUCGUUUAUUUCGGCGUACGCUAUCAUGGCUAUGUUAUGUUAUCAGAGAAAAGUGUUAACCGAUUGCGUUUUCUUUUGUCAUUUGUUAUUUACAUAUAUCACAACUUCAGUAGCGAACGCUCGCAGAUCUAUCUGUGGGUUUCUUGAUGUUUUGUUCGAGUUAAAACUAAAAAUACAAGUAUCAGCAUUUGAAAAAUGCUUCGAAUUGCGGUUCAGCAAUGAAUAUAGAACUGAUAUUUCAACCUAGUACAUUUAUUAUAUGUGGUUAACACAUAAAGCCAACAAACAUACAUGAUUAACUAUACCAUUCCGUUCUAGUCAAAUAUUUUGACGUGCUAAGCUAGAUUCUCAGAUAUUUUUUGUUCUUGAUCAGAAUCU